AUGGCAGCUCUACGAACCUUCCGCCCUCUCCUCCGCGGGCCAACCCACCGCCUCGCAGACCUCCCCCAGCGCCGCACCUUCCUCCCGAACCCCUUCCAAUCCUCACUUAACCCUCUGAACGGCUCCGCGCAACCGCAGACUCUCACAGCGAAACGAGUCCUCCCAUAUCCCGCCGCACCCAUCUACUCCAUCGUUUCAGAUGUCCAGAGCUACUCCUCCUUCCUCCCAUACUGUCAAUCCUCCGCAGUAACGCGCUGGUCAUCGCCCGAUGCUGCAUACGCUCGGAAAUGGCCGUCAGAAGCGAGCCUUGUUAUAGGCUGGGGCAAUUUGACUGAGUCCUUCACCUCGCGCGUGUUCUGCGUCCCAGGCAGGAUAGUAGAAAGUAUCGGCGGGGACACGGAGACAGAGUUGAAGGCACAAGAUAUUACGCACCACCUUGAAGGAGCACAAGAUGCUGACAAGGGCGCGAGAGGCGCAGCGAACGGGUUGAUGACGCACUUAAGAAGUCGCUGGACGAUUGAAGCGCUGGGGAAGGACAUGACGGAGGUUUCGUUGGCGCUGGAGUUCGCGUUUUCGAAUCCGAUGUAUAUGGCACUGAGCGCCGGUGCGGCGCCCAAAGUCGCGGAUAUCAUGGUGAAGGCGUUUGAGGAGAGGGUGAAGAAGCUGCUUGAUGGGAAUCCGGAGAUGGCAAGGGCCGAGCUGGGGGAACUGGAAGGGAGUAGACUGAUGAAGUAA